AUGGACACCUCCCUCGAAGACGUACACGUGAAAUUGCUCGUCCUCGAUCUCCUCUCCUUGACAGUUCAUAACUCCCUGCACUCCUCUUCUGUCACCUUCAGCCGGAAGGGUAGGCGUGUUGCACGUGCUGAGACAAUUGGGAUGGUGCCUCCUCUCCACCAACGCGAACAUGGGCGGGACCUCGGUGUGACGGCCGAGAUAGCUCGCAUGGAGGCAGCCGCAGUCAAGUUGGGGAAAUUGGUCCGGGUCAGAGGGAGGAUCACCUUGUAUCGGGGGUCAAUUCAGUUGAAGGUGAGGGAUGUGUUGGUUGAAAACGAUUCCAACAUAGAGAUCCUCCACUCCCUCGACUGCAUUAGAUUGGCUAAAGAAGUUUAUGAUAAGUCGGGUCCAUCUAAUCGUUAA